GAGGAGGCGCCCCUCGCCUCCCGUUACCAUAGAAACCCCUCCUCUCCCUCCCGCUAAACUCUCCAGCGGCUUCGUAGUAGUUACUAGUGAGCGCUGCUGGAGCCGUCCCGUCGUAGGCCCCAUUUCCUGGCUGGCUCACUAUUUGGCAGGAAGUGACCCCCCGCGCGUCCUCUCUCUUUGCACUCUCUUCCUUCCCUCACAGACCGGGGGCCGCUUCCCGCCGCCCGCUUCACCCCCCCCCCGCGGUGGGCUCACUAUGUGGCAGCAGCAGCAACAACAGCCACCGCCGCCUCCACCUCCGCCGCCGCCCGCGGGAUCCCCAAUGGAGGCUGAGCGGGUGGCGGCGCGGGCCCAACUGCUGUCCCAGCAGGCCCAGGCCGCGGGGGGAGACCAGCCGCCUCAGCAGACGACGACGAUAGCGCAGGGCGCCCCCGGCCGCGGCGAGCUGAGCCUGCCGGGCAUCCUACACUUCAUCCAGCACGAGUGGGCGCGCUUCGAGGCCGAGAAGAGCCGCUGGGAGGCCGAGAGGGCCGAGCUGCAGGCACAAGUGGCCUUUCUUCAGGGGGAAAGGAAAGGCCAAGAGAACCUCAAGACAGAUCUUGUGCGGAGAAUAAAGAUGCUGGAAUACGCUUUGAAGCAGGAGAGGUCAAAGUAUCACAAGCUGAAAUUUGGCACCGAACUGAACCAGGGGGAAAAGAAACCAGAUAUGUCAGAACCAGUCUCCAAUGGGCCAGCAGAACUGAUUUCUUUGGAAAGCACGCAGUUUAUGUGGAAAGAAGGGCGCCAGCUCCUUCGCCAGUACCUGGAAGAAGUGGGCUACACAGACACCAUACUAGAUAUGCGGUCCAAGCGAGUUCGCUCUCUGCUGGGCCGCUGCUCCAUGGAACUGAAUGGUGCUCCAGAACCCAGCAGCUUGGGGACUGGGACUGCCCCAGGGCCUGCUGGGCUGAAUGGGGGUGAAUCCCUUCUUGUCAAGCAGAUAGAGGAGCAGAUUAAAAGGAAUGCUGGGAAGGAGGCAAAGGACCGGAUCAGCAGUGCUGUGAUGGAGAAGAUCCCCUUUUUACAGGGUUGUGAAGAAGAAGAUAGCGAUGAAGAGGAGGAUUUGGAAAGCCUGCCCCUAGAGACGCAGCGGCAACACAAGAAACAGCGAGUAAAGCUCAGCAGCAAGCCCCUGAUCCCAGAAGUGGAGGAUGACUAUGACGACGAGGACUCUGAGGACGCGCUGAGCGAGUUUGACUUCCUGGGCUCCGGGGAGAAUGGCGAGGGCUCUGGGGACAUGCGGCAUGCUGGAGACGGCCAUGAGCUUGAAACCCGCCGGGUGAAGCUGCAGGGCAUGCUUGCCGACCUCCAAGAUGUCGAUGGGCUUCCUCCUAAGCCGUCCAUGCCAGCAGCCAUCACCAGUCAGCCCAGAUCUCAUGAAGCAGGUUCCCUCGGCUUCUCCUCAGAUGUCUUUAUAAUGGACACUAUCGGCGGAGGAGAGGUCAGCCUGGGCGACCUUGCUGACCUGACUGUCGCCAACGACAAUGAGCUAAGCUGCAAUCUCUCAGACAGCAAAGAUGCCUUUAAGAAGACGUGGAACCCCAAGUUUACCCUACGGAGUCACUAUGACAGCAUCCGGGCCCUGGUGUUCCAUCACGCUGAGUCCGCGCUGGUCACUGCCUCUGAGGAUGGCACGCUAAAGCUGUGGAACCUGCAGAAGACGGUCGCUGCCAAAAAGAACGCAGCACUGGAUGUGGAACCAGUCUAUGCAUUCAGGGCACACAGGGGCCCGGUGCUUUCUGUUGCUAUGGGUUGCAACAGUGAAUACUGCUACAGCGGAGGAACAGACACAAGGAUCCGUUGCUGGAGGAUCCCGGAUCUCAGCAUGGACCCUUAUGACGGUUAUGAUCCAAGUGUGCUCAGCAACGUCCUGGAUGGUCACACAGAUGCUGUCUGGGGCCUGGCGUUCAGCCCCUCAAAAAACCGUCUGGCUUCAUGCUCUGCGGAUGGCACAGUGAGGAUAUGGGACCCAAGCAGCAGCGACUCCUCCUGUCUCAGCACCUACAGUGCAGAAAGUGAGAAUGGAAUUCCUACCUCCAUCACCUUCUCCAGUACCGACCCUGCACAUGCUGUGGCAGCCUUCCAGACAGGCUGCACGGUUCUCUAUGAUGUGGAGGCCAACUGCCCUGUCCUGGCGCUAGAAUCUAGACCAGCCAGUGGAGCCAGUCAGAUCAACCAAGUUGUGAGCCACCCAACCCAGCCAGUCACUAUCACAGCCCAUGAUGACCGAGGGAUCCGCUUCCUAGACAAUCGCACAGGGAAAGCUGUACACUCCAUGGUGGCUCACCUGGAUGCUGUUACCUGUCUUGCUGCAGACCCUAAUGGAGUGUUCCUUAUGUCAGGAAGCCAUGACUGCUCCCUCCGGCUCUGGAACCUUGACAACAAGACUUGCACGCAGGAAAUCACAGCCCACCGCAAGAAGCACGAGGAGGCUAUCCACGACGUGGCCUUCCACCCCAGCAAGGCCCUGAUCGCCAGUGCUGGGGCUGAUGCCCUUGCGAAGGUCUUUGUAUGAAAAGAGGGCGGGGCCUGCAGGUGUGUGUCCCUAGGACUCCCCUUUUUUCGUGUGUUUUUUCCUUUUUUCUCUGGCCCAGCCAGUGGUGCUAACAACUCUUCUCUUCGCCACGGGCAUCUCCCACCAACCCCACCGAAGCUCAGGACUGACGCCUGCUGGACAGCAGUGGCUGGGGCAUGCAACUGGGGAACGGCAGCUGUUUCCCUGACCUUUGGGACUUGCCUUCACCAGCACUGAAAUAUUUCCACUCAUUUCAAGGUCACCUGGUUUUUAUUUCCCAGCUCAGGGAGCGGAAACAUUUUCCUAGAUUGUUGGGAGUGGGGAGGGAGUUGAGGCUUGGGCUAUGCUGCUCUGCAAUGUCUGGGAAGGGCUUCUGGCAGCUCCCCAAACCAUCUGCCUCCGUGCCAUCAUGGGCAAGGAUUUUUGAGAUCUCCCUUCCUGCCCAUUGGGCCUGUGACUUUUGUUUUUUUAAAUAUCCUUAUUGGAGCUCUUUUGGGAGAAACAACCUUCUGAUGUGAACAGGACACCUUGCAGCUCUAACACAGCAACGUUCCUGGCCAGAGCAGCCCCAAAUCAAGCCACUGUGACUCCUUCCUGGCCAAGUUCCUUCAGCCAAGCCAAAGGAGGGACCAGAUGUGAGCAGGAUAAUGCCGGUCCACUUGAAGCCAUUCCCUCACACCAGCCAGUUUGAGGAGCAAAUCUCAUGCCAACUUCCGUGCUGUUUGUUUUCACCAGGUCCCCCCUUCCCCCGCUUGCUUCCGAGUUCAGAUUUUUCUGCCCCUCCUCGACUUAAACGCACCUACAUGGAGCAUUUUCCACACACCCCCAAUACUUGCCACGUUACAUGGAUAGCAAGAGGAGGAAUGAGCUGGGAGAGAGCAUGAAGGCUGUUUCUCUCGCUGCCUCCAGUUGCUUUAAGAUAUUCUGGAUGAAGCAGGAAAGCUAACUGCUGCCUCUGCUUCAUUGUCACCCCCUCAUCCCUGAAGAGGCCGCAGGUAAGAAGAGGAGAAUCAGAGGAGGGAGGCAAAGGGAGAAAAUGGGGGGCAACCAUAGGUAAGUGAACUGGGGUGGGUGUGGGCAAGCCAGUCAGUCAUCACCUGCCGGGCAGAUGUGGGUCCUUGGACCUGUAGUUGCUGAUGGCUGCUCAGGGAAGAGAAGUGUGUCUGAGAAAGUGGGAGGGGCUGAGGUGGGAUUUGGGAGCCAGGGAAAGGGCCUGAAGGGAGUAGAAUGGUGAGCCAUGUGAGGUUUAAUUCCUAGUUAACUUGGGAAGGAGGGAUAACAAAUGGAGGCAGCCCAUGCAUAACCACCUGAAUAAUCUGGUCCUUUGAUGGGCAAGAAUUCUGCCUCUACUUACAGGAGUCUGAGCAUAUGGAGGGUCUAAUGGCAUUCAGAUCUUUCAUCUGUUCGUGCUGUGGACAGGGGUGUACAAGCUCUGUUCACCACUCAAGGAAGCAAUAUAUUCUGUUGGAGAAUUGGCAGUUUUUCCUCCUUUUUUAUAGUAUAAGCCAUCAACCCUAAGAAGAGCCUGUUCAGAGAUGCCAGCCCUGUGUGGACGUAGCUCCGUUUUAGCAAUAAAUCUCACCACGCUUGGGUCUCUCGCUUCCCCAUCUCCCAGGCACGACUGAAUUGCAGCCGUUAAUACUUUUGGGAGAUGCAACUAACUGUCACCCAGAGCCAAGAAAAACCUCGGUUAAAAGUCAGUGAGCCCAGCUUCAUCCCGUCACUCUGGCAGUGCAGGUGGCAUGAUGUGAGCAAUGCCUGGCCCUGUAUAGCAUAACCAUUUUUGUCUUGUCCUGGAUCCAGAUCAAAGCUUUAGAAAGUGGUUUCAAAUUCAGAGGCUGGGAAAGGGACGGGUUUGCUUGCCAGAGCAGGGCAGCUAUAGGGGCCAAACAGGGAGGGGACCAGCCCUUUAGAACCAGGCACUCCUAGUCCCCUCAUUCAGGGAAGGGGCUACUUGUGGCCCUCAAGGUGUGCUAAAUAAAUAAAUUUAUUCCCAUCAUCCCUACCUAUUGGCCCUGCUGGCUGGGGCUGAUGGUAGCUGGAGUCCCAACAGCAUCUGGAGAUCCUCAAGUUUACCACCCCUGCCCUAAUCUGUGUGUUUGAAGGGUUGUUACUGUGUUUUAAAUUUUUCUUCUUAUAUGUGUUGUAACUUUAUCCCUGCAGUUAGCAAUCCUAACAAAACAAAAAACACUAAAAGAUUCUUGGUGAAUUUGGGAAUGUAUUGCAUGGGGGCUUGGUGAGCAAUGCCCUCUUUUGUUUGUUCCCCUAUUUACCUGCCAUGGGAGGGCUCCUCAGGGGAAGAUCUGAUGUACCCAUCCUGAGCAGCAGGUUGGAGUGGCAGUAGCAUGAGUAGGGUCAGGAGUUUGGGACCCUGUGGCUCUCUCCCCUCCAAGCCCUUGCUUGGCAGCAGCUACCGGUGAUCUUGCUCUAGCUGGGUGGCUGUUGCAACUUCUUAACACUACCGGGGGGGCUUGGGGGCUUAGAGAGAGAAGGUUUAAGGCGGGAAUAGCUCAGCAGCUAUUGGCUCUUCCUAGCGUCUUGAAGCUGACUGCUGAGCAAGACAAUUCCUCUGCCACCAGGCUGAAUCCACCAGUCUUGAGAGCAGGGCUGGGCUGUCCCAGGUUCCUCUCUCCUCUCUUCCCUAUGAGGAUGCCAGCCUGCCCUGCCAGUGCCCUCAGGGCCAGUACAGUCUUUUGGGUGGCUCUUAAUGAGCAGGAUGAGGGGGUAACUCCACAUUGUGCCAUCAUCUGUCUAAGCAAGCUCAGCAGCAAAAUGGGAGCAGCUAUUCUUGAAAGUGGUGGGAGUUUCUUAUCUUCCCCCACCCUGGGGGUAAUUUUGUUUUUGUUUUUGCAGCGGAGGUUGGAUUGGAUCAUCCUGUCUAGCAGCUGGCUUUCUUCUCCCUCCCCCUACUUUAUUUUUUUGGUCUUUUGCUGCCUGGGAUAAAAUGCAUUUUUUUUUUGUCCAUUCUGUAUAGUAGAAGAAAAUUGGAUUUGAAAAACGAAAGCCAAGAGAUACCCAAAGGGCUGAUGCUGAAGUAACCGCAAUCACGUUAUCACUGUGUGAUAGUUUCUAUGAGCCAUGCAUGGUCUUCUUUUUUUAAAACAGUGCUAAGCUGAGCUAAAUUGGGGUGGAGUUGAACUGGGGGAGAGAAACAACACUGUUUUUAAAGACUGGUGCUCUCUCUGACUCUCACAAGCGUAUCAGAUAGGACAUUUGCCACCCUCUCCAUCAAUCACAAGGCACUUCUGAAACUUCGGCCUACUUCUCUUCCUUCCCCCCCCCCUUUUUGAACUCUCCCCCUUGUCCCCAUGCAUACCUGUGUGCUGUAUUUAUCCAGACAGAGCACUCCUGCCUUUUAAAAUGCCGGCUAGCUUUUUAUUGUAUAUUUAUUUGAACUCCAUCUUUCUUUUUAUUUGUAUUUUUGUCCUGUUUAAUCACAAGACUGAAUUGUAUGUGGGACAAAAACUGCCUCAGUAAUAAUAAUAAUAAUAAAACAUCAU